AAUUCCUGCUGUUGUGUGAAGAAUACCAACAAAACCCAGGCCUAUCUACAGACUCUUUCUAUACUGCAUCUGUAAAAGUAAGUGUUCCAGGAGAGCUCACUCGGCUUCUGAUGUCCCUCAGUCCCAACCUAGAUGAUGACACCAAGAGGAGGACACUUCGUGAUAUCGCUCAGUGUAUCUCCUUGAAGGAAUCUGAGGCAAGUCGUUGCACCAAUGAUGACAUAAAAUUAGUGGUCUCUUUCCUGGAUGAUAGGGAUAAAGAGACUAAAACUGAGACCCUUAAUGUCCUCAAAGCCUUCAGUACCAUCUGGAAGUUUCAAAUCAAAAUCCAGGAAUAUGUCCCCCAAAUCAUCGAGACUGUGACGAGCAACUGGGACAACAAUCUGCAAAUUGCUGGUUUGAAGCUGCUGAAUGCAUUGCACAUACCAGAUCACACGCACACGUUAUUGAGAACGCAGAUUACAAACUUUAUGGACAUUCUGCUCACAGCAAACACUUCGACCAAGGAUAUCGUUUCAGCUUCCCAGUCUAGGCUACUGCCAUGGCAUUUUAACCGAAUGAUUUGUCCUCCAAUCACUGGCUGUUCCACCCUGGAUUUGGUCCCAAGUCUAAGUAAGGUGAGUCAGAUAUUACUGCUUGCUGAUAUCAUACCAAAAAUGUAUGGCAAGGCCUUAUUUUGAGUAGAGUGGAUCAGAAAAAUGUUUGAACUUAACUGAAAUCUAGAUAAACAAAGGGUAUGCUUAUUGGAGCAGUACAUAAAAGCAUAGGAAUUUGUUUUGCAAUGAAUAACAGCUAUAUGGCUACUUAA